GUCUCUCUCUCUCUGUUAUUCAGUGCCUCUGCGAAAACCAGAUGGCACAGACAUACAGUGUGGAGGAGUGUGAAGGCGAAAAGCGAUCUCGGUGGCUAAAAUUCUGCAAAAUUUGGUUAAGGACUUUGUAGCCAUCGGUGCCCCAUACUCCUCGUUCCAUCACAUAUUUCUUCUUCCUCUUCUCCUUCACGCGAUGUGAUGUCACUCUAAUUCAUUUCUUCCUCCAUUCCCCAUUCCCCCUUUCCCCCCACUCCCCUUCUCCGCCAUGACCGCCUCUCAACUCAUCUCCGUUAGUCCCGACGAACUCCGCUUCCAUUUUGAGUUGGAGAAGCAAACGUUUUGCGAUCUUAAGGUCCUCAAUAACACACAGAAUCAUGUUGCUUUCAAGGUCAAAACCACUUCUCCCAAGAAAUACUUUGUACGACCAAACACCGGUGUCGUACACCCCUGGGACUCCUGUAUCAUCAGAGUCACUCUCCAAGCCCAACGGGAAUACCCUCCAGACAUGCAAUGUAAAGACAAGUUUCUGUUACAGAGUACAAUAGUGAGUUCAAAUACAGAUGUUGACGACCUCCCGGCAGAUACUUUUAAUAAGGAAAGUGGUAAUUCGAUAGAGGAGUUGAAAUUAAGAGUUGCAUAUAUCUCUACUGCCUCACCCGAAGGAAGCUCUGAAGAUGAUGCAUCCAGGAACUCACAUAAACUCGAUUCCUCUUCUAGUCAGGUUUUGCAGAAUCUGAAGGAAGAAAGAGAUGCCGCUGUCAGACAAACGAGACAACUGCAACAAGAAGUGGACAUGCUGAAAAGACGAAGAAACAGAAAAGGUGAUCCUGGCUUUUCCUUCAUCUUUGCCAUUUUUGUGGGUGUCCUUGGAGUUUUACUUGGCUUUCUUUUUAAACUGUUAUUCUCUUCUCCAUCUAGAGAAUGAUUUAGACUAUUCCGUAAAUUUGCAUGCAGACUCUCCGUAUUGUUCACUGUAUACGUUUAAAGUUUAAUAUUCUUUUGAAUUAGAAUUUUUCCAAUACGCCUCAUAGACUUGACGCACUGUUGUUUGGAAGAGGAAUGGAAAUGUUUGUUAGUAA